UAUGCAGCUUUAUGGUUUGGAGUGUAAAAAGCAUUGGCUUUUUAAGUUACUAUAAAUAUGAAUAUUUAUUCGAAAGUUGUAACCGGAAGAUGUAGUUAUUUUGAAGUUCACUAGGUGACCCUGAUUUUAUUUUGAAAGCUGAAACAGGAAGGUGGCUUGCUCGCUACUGGCCAGUAGUCCGUGGAGGAAGGGGUUUGCCUACAAAUUCCACGGUUGACUGGACUGUUUAUGUUUCGGGUUUACAGCACUGAGCUAGCUGAAGAGCUCAUCUUGUUCUGUCCGUCCGUGAAAUGGUGGCGAUUGUGGCGUUGAUGAUAAAUGUGUGAGGAGAAAGCCCCUGUGGUCCUCUUGCUGCAACACACACUUCCUCAUGGAUUCCAGCAAUGAUGAAGCACUUGAUAUCAUUAUCACCAAUGUGGUGGCAACCUUCAGGACCAGGUGCCAUCUCAACCUGCGCACCAUUGCCUUAGAGGGAACCAAUGUCAUCUAUAAGCCGGAAGUAGGGAAAGUCCUGAUGAAGCUUCGUAAACCCAAGAUAACAGCCUCAAUCUGGUCCUCAGGGAAAAUCAUCUGCACUGGAGCAACAAGUGAGGAUGACGCAAAGCUGGGUGCUCGCAGGUUAGCACGCCUUCUGCAGAAACUGGGCUUCAAGGUGAGAUUUUCAGCCUUCAAAGUUGUGAAUGUCCUGGCAGUUUGCUCCAUGCCGUUUGCAAUCCACCUCAUAGACUUUACUAAGAACAACCGACCCAUUGCCAGUUAUGAACCAGAGCUCCAUCCUGCUGCCACGUACAGGAUCAAACAUAUCAAGGCUACUAUACAGGUGUUCUCUACUGGCAGCAUCACAGUUACAGGACCAAAUGUACAGAAUGUGGCCACAGCUGUUGAGCAGGUCUACCCACUACUGUUCGAGUGUCAGAAACCCCGCUACAAAUAGAAGAAAAAAGUCCAAGAUGGAGGGAAUGGCGGAAAGAGAAGGCACAUCUGAUUAAUUUGUUACAAGCGAGGAAGCAAGUUAUCGUUGGAUUUACUUGCUUGAUUUUAUCGCUGUGCGGCAAACAGCCACAAACUUCUAACACAAUCAACAGACUGGAUAUCAACAACCCUAGUUGAAGUCUUAAAGUGUCCCUCUCACAAAAUGUUAUUGAUGUUGUGGAUUGUGUGGCUCUUGUGAUUUUAACAGCCUAAACUUGCAAGUACGUCUUUCAAACAUCAUAUCCUUCAGCGGAAACUGCUCCUUUUAAACUUGACUGACACUGAAGUGGUUGGAAGUUAUCUGCUCUUAAUUUGCUCUGGGUGUUUUUGCAUGGACACAAAAGACCAGUUUUCAACUAUCUAACUAUUUUAACGCUUACUGUUGUGACCAUUGCGAAGAGUCAGUAUGUUAAAGUGCUCAUAUUAUGCUCAUUUUGAGGUUCAUAAUUGUAUUUAGAGGUUAUAUCAGAAUAGGUUUACAUGGUUUAAUU